UUGUUUGUUUGUUUUAUUUUGUUUUGGAGGAAUUUUUCUUUGUCUUUUUAAGUCUCUCUCUCCUCUUUAUUAUUAUUUUUUAAUCAUUGAUCUUGGAGUACAGAAUUGAGGGCAGAAAUAUACUAAUUUUGCUCCCCUGCGGGACCACUCACUCUUGAGGAAUUUGCAAGCGAGGACACAGCCAUGUGGCCGCCACUACUCUUCAUGAUGCUCUUAGCCCCGGUAGUCCACGGUGGCAAGCACGGUGAGCGACGUCCGGGCCUCGCCGCUCCCCUGCGACACGCCGAGCGCAGCCCGGGAGGCUCUCUGCCCCCGCGACACCUCCUCCAGCAGCCGGCUGCGGAACGCGCCACCGCUCACCGAGGACCAGCGGCCCGCGGAGCUGCCCGAGGAGUUCGUGGUCCAGGGGCCCAAGGAGCACAGAUCGCAGCGCAAGCUUUCAGCCGUGCCCCGAUUCCCAUGGCUGUGGUCCGCAGAGAGCUCUCCUGUGAAAGCUAUCCCAUAGAGCUCCGCUGUCCCGGGACAGACGUCAUUAUGAUUGAAAGCGCCAACUACGGGAGGACGGAUGACAAGAUAUGCGACUCCGAUCCCGCUCAGAUGGAGAACAUCCGCUGCUAUCUGCCAGACGCCUAUAAGAUUAUGUCUCAGAGAUGCAAUAACAGAACGCAGUGUGCAGUGGUGGCAGGCCCGGACGUCUUUCCAGAUCCCUGUCCAGGAACUUACAAAUACCUUGAAGUGCAGUACGAAUGUGUCCCUUACAAAGUGGAACAAAAAGUUUUUCUUUGCCCUGGACUACUAAAAGGAGUCUACCAGAGUGAGCACUUGUUCGAAUCUGACCACCAAUCUGGGGCAUGGUGCAAAGACCCUCUGCAGGCUUCGGACAAAAUUUAUUACAUGCCCUGGACGCCCUACAGAACUGACACCCUCACUGAGUAUUCAUCCAAGGAUGACUUCAUUGCCGGAAGACCGACAACUACUUACAAGCUCCCUCACCGGGUGGACGGUACAGGAUUUGUAGUGUAUGACGGGGCUCUGUUUUUCAACAAGGAGCGCACCAGGAACAUAGUCAAGUUUGAUUUGCGGACUAGAAUAAAGAGUGGAGAAGCCAUCAUAGCCAACGCCAACUACCAUGACACCUCCCCAUACCGAUGGGGAGGCAAGUCUGACAUAGACUUGGCAGUGGAUGAAAACGGGCUCUGGGUCAUCUAUGCAACAGAGCAGAACAAUGGUAAAAUUGUCAUUAGUCAGUUGAACCCUUACACCCUACGGAUCGAAGGCACGUGGGACACGGCGUAUGACAAAAGGUCCGCUUCCAAUGCGUUUAUGAUCUGUGGGAUUCUCUACGUGGUCAAGUCUGUGUACGAGGAUGACGACAAUGAAGCCACGGGGAACAAGAUUGACUACAUAUACAAUACUGACCAAAGCAAGGAUAGUAUGGUGGACGUGCCCUUUCCCAACUCAUACCAGUACAUAGCAGCUGUGGAUUACAACCCCAGAGACAACCUGCUGUACGUGUGGAAUAACUACCAUGUCGUGAAGUACUCUUUGGACUUUGGACCUCUGGACAGUAGGUCAGGUCAGACACAUCAUGGACAGGUUUCAUACAUCUCUCCACCAAUUCACCUUGACUCUGAGUUAGAAAGACCUCCUGUUAGAGGAAUCUCCACCACAGGACCGCUGGGCAUGGGAAGCACGACCACCAGCUCCACCCUGAGGACCACCACGUGGGGCGCGGGCCGCAGCACCACCCCGGCGGCGGGCGCAGGCCGGCGCAACCGCAGCACCAGCGCCCCGUCCCCGGCCGCGCCCGCGCCCGCCGACCCCAGCACGGCCCUGCCGUCCGCCGCCUCCCAGCUGCCGGCGCAGGACGAGAGCUGCGAGGCAGUGGAGGCCCGCGACAUCAUGUGGUUCAAGACGCGCCAGGGCCAAGUGGCCAAGCAGCCCUGCCCCGCGGGGACCAUAGGUGUAACCACUUACCUCUGCCUCGCUCCUGAUGGACUCUGGGAUCCCCAAGGACCAGAUCUCAGCAACUGCUCCUCUCCGUGGGUCAACCAUAUAACUCAGAAGCUGAAAUCUGGAGAGACUGCUGCCAAUAUUGCUAGGGAGCUGGCUGAGCAGACCAGGAACCAUUUAAAUGCUGGGGACAUCACCUACUCAGUGCGCGCCGUGGACCAGCUGGUGGGGCUCCUGGACGUGCAGCUGCGGAACCUGACGCCAGGCGGCAAGGACAGCGCCGCCCGCAGCUUGAACAAGCUUCAGAAAAGGGAGCGCUCUUGCAGAGCCUAUGUCCAGGCCAUGGUGGAGACAGUGAACAACUUGCUUCAGCCCCAAGCUCUGAGUGCAUGGAGAGACCUGACCACAAGCGACCAACUGCGCGCCGCCACCAUGCUGCUGGAUACGGUGGAGGAGAGCGCCUUCGUGCUGGCUGACAACCUUCUGAAGACCGACAUCGUCAGGGAGAACACAGACAAUAUUCAACUAGAAGUUGCGAGGCUGAGCACAGAAGGGAACCUAGAAGACCUGAAGUUUCCAGAGAACAAGGGCCACGGAAGCACCAUCCAGCUUUCUGCAAAUACCUUGAAGCAAAACGGCCGGAAUGGAGAGAUUCGAGUAGCCUUCGUGCUGUACAACAACCUGGGUGCUUACCUGUCCACGGAGAACGCCAGCAUGAAGCUGGGCACUGAAGCUCUGGCCACAAACCACUCCGUCAUCGUCAAUUCCCCUGUCAUCACAGCAGCCAUAAACAAGGAGUUCAGUAACAAAGUUUAUCUGGCCGACCCGGUGGUAUUUACUGUUAAACAUAUCAAGCAGUCAGAAGAAAAUUUCAACCCUAACUGUUCCUUCUGGAGCUACUCCAAGCGCACGAUGACGGGUUAUUGGUCAACACAGGGCUGCCGGCUCCUGACGACGAACAAGACGCACACCAGCUGCUCCUGCAACCACCUGACCAACUUUGCAGUGCUCAUGGCGCACGUGGAGGUGAAGCACAGUGACGCGGUCCACGACCUUCUGCUGGAUGUGGUCACGUGGGUUGGCAUCCUGCUCUCCCUGGCUUGUCUCCUCAUCUGCAUCUUCACUUUCUGCUUCUUCCGCGGGCUCCGGAGUGACCGGAACACCAUCCACAAGAACCUCUGCAUCAGCCUCUUCGUGGCUGAGCUGCUCUUCUUGAUCGGGAUCAACCGGACGGACCAGCCAAUCGCCUGCGCCGUGUUCGCGGCCCUCCUGCACUUCUUCUUCCUGGCCGCCUUCACCUGGAUGUUCCUGGAGGGCGUGCAGCUGUACAUCAUGCUGGUGGAGGUCUUUGAGAGCGAGCACUCCCGCCGCAAGUACUUCUACCUGGUCGGCUACGGGACGCCCGCGCUCAUCGUGGCCGUGUCGGCUGCGGUAGACUACAGGAGCUACGGAACGGACAAAGUAUGUUGGCUCCGGCUUGACACCUACUUCAUUUGGAGUUUUAUAGGACCAGCGACCUUGAUAAUUAUGCUCAACGUGAUCUUCCUCGGCAUUGCGUUAUACAAAAUGUUUCAUCACACUGCCAUAUUGAAGCCUGAAUCUGGCUGUCUUGAUAAUAUCAACUAUGAGGAUAACAGACCCUUCAUCAAGUCGUGGGUCAUAGGUGCAAUAGCUCUCCUCUGCCUGCUGGGAUUGACCUGGGCAUUUGGACUCAUGUACAUUAACGAAAGCACCGUCAUCAUGGCCUAUCUCUUCACCGUCUUCAACUCUCUACAGGGAAUGUUCAUAUUCAUUUUCCAUUGUGUCCUGCAGAAGAAGGUACGAAAAGAGUACGGGAAGUGUCUGCGCAUGCGCUGCUGCAGCGGCAAGAGCACCGAGAGCUCCGUGGGCUCAGGGAAAACGUCUGGUUCGCGAACUCCUGGAAGAUACUCCACAGGCUCGCAGAGCCGAAUCCGGAGGAUGUGGAAUGACACAGUUCGGAAGCAGUCAGAGUCGUCCUUCAUCACCGGGGACAUAAACAGCUCAGCGUCACUCAACAGAGAGGGGCUUCUGAACAAUGCCAGGGAUACAAGUGUCAUGGAUACUCUACCACUGAAUGGUAACCAUGGCCACAGUUACAGUAUUGCCAGCGGCGAAUACCUGAGCAACUGUGUGCAAAUCAUAGACCGUGGCUAUAACCACACCGAGACCGCCCUCGAGAAAAAGAUUCUCAAAGAACUCACUUCCCACUACAUCCCUUCCUUCCUGAACAACCACGAGCGCUCCAGCGAGCACGGCAGGAACCUCAUGAACAAGCUGGCCAACAACCUGGGCAGUGGGGGUGAAGACGACGCCAUCGUCCUGGACGACGCCACGUCCUUUAACCACGAGGAGAGCUUGGGCCUGGAGCUCAUCCACGAGGAAUCCAACGCUCCUUUGCUCCCCGCGAGGGUUUACUCGGCGGACAACCACCAGGCGCAUCACUACGGCCGCAGGCGCAUCCCCCAGGACCACAGCGAGAGCUUCUUCCCGUUGCUGAGCAACGAGCACACGGAGGAGCCGGCGUCCCCGCCCCGGGACUCGCUGUACACCAGCAUGCCCGCGCUGGCUGGCGGGCCCGCGGACGGCGGCGCGGGUGCCCACGCGGAGCCCGCGGCCAAGGCCGGCGACGCCGAGGACGUUUACUACAAAAGCAUGCCAAACCUGGGCUCCAGGAGCCACGGGCACCCGCUGCACGCCUACUACCAGCUGGGGCGGGGCAGCAGCGAGGGCAUCAUCGUCCCUCCCAGCAAAGAGGGCGCCUCCCCCGAGGGGACUGCCCGGGGACCCGCGCACCUGGUCACCAGUCUAUAGAAGAUGACCACCACAGGGGCAUCUUCGUCGCCGGACGGUUUGGACCCUUCUCAGUUGAUCGAAGCAGUGGUGUCAUUUACUCCGACACCUUGACGCUGCUGUCAAAAGAAAACACGGACUCUCUCUUGACUUCUUCUUCUUCUUCUUUUUUUUAAAAAAAAAAAACAAAAAAUAAACUUGGAUUUUUAGGUCAGCCCAGGGGGAAUAUAAACUAACUGCUGAAAUUCCCCUGUGCCUCCUUGCCCUUUCCCCUCAGAUGGAGACUUCAUUAUGUUAAUGAACGAGAUACGAAGAUGACGGCGCUCACGGUGGCCUUGUCGAAUUACGUUGUGUUUCUUUUAACAUCUGGGAUGCUCUGUUACUAUCAUCACAAGGACCUGAUUUUUUUUUAAUUUUAUUUUUUUUUAUUUUAUUUUUAUUUUUUUGUGAAAGGCCAGGACAGUUGUUUCAGAUUAGUAACAGUGCUACCUGUCCACCAGAGCGCUGCACAAACCUAGGAGCCAAGCGACAUCGUCCCCCAGCCUGAAUUCACCACGGCGGAGACAGCUGUGGAAAACAAAAACAAGCAAAAGCCAACAAAAUUAAUCAUCAAAUGGAGGGGAAUUCUAGAAUUAUAUGCUAAAUGCAUAUUUUAUGAUUUGCUCUAUUAACUGAUGAUAAAACUAAUGGCAGAAAAAUAAUUGAACGAUUUCUAUGUAAUGUACAGAUAUACUAGCAUCGCGCAUAUGGUCUGUUUUCUGUUUCUCCAGGAUUGGAGUCCUGUUAAUGUAGUGGGGAAAAAAAAAGACAUUUUUUUUUUUUCUUUUGUGCUAGUCUUGCAAGUUUGUCUACCAGUAAAGAGCAAAGUUUCCUUCAUUUCUUAUUUUUCCCCUCAUUUUCUUUUUGUCACUCUAUCCCUGCUUUUUUUUUUUUUUUUUUUUUGGCCUUUUUUUCUUUAAGAUUUCACCUGGCAAAAAAAUAAAUAAAUAAAUAAAUAAAUGAAACUAUCACUUUAUAAGAAUCAUUUUCUAGUAAUGCAAACAAAUUAUUUUUUACAAAAAAUAAAAUAAAAUAAAUAAAAUUAGACUUUCUUCCCUCACUAUAUAUCUAUAUCUAUCUUUAUUCAGCCCAAAUAUUUCCAACAGCAUUUUUUGCAAAUUAGAGUAGGACAUGAUUUUUGUUGUUGUUGUUCUGUUUACAGGGCACCUCUGUUGUAAUGCAAAGCAUAUCUGGCAAGCAGUUCCUCACCCAGGCAGUAGCUGUGAUUCUAGAAAUCAAAGGUGUCUAUAGAACUAGAGGUUCUGCAUGUGAAAAACUGUGUCCCAUAGGCGUUAAAGUGCUGAGUGCUCAGUCUGACACCCCCAAGUGGGAACCUGCACUAACAAUUAUUAGAGGAAAUUCACUCCCUCCUCGUAAGAAUUGAAAGGUCAAAUUAUUUUGAAAUGAAUUUUUUAAAGUCUUCUGUUAACAGCAAAAUUUAUUUAUUUCACAGGAUUUUAAGUAACGUAGGAAUACAAAAGGUAAAUUAGCAGCACAUAUAAUUUUUUUUAAAUUUAUGAUCCAUUUUGUAUGGUCUCAAAGUUGGAUGACCUCAUUACUAAUAUUUGUUGUAAAAGUGAAACUUGUUUGCCAACCAAUAAACAACUGAUUGAGAUUUAGAAGAUA